UUGCUCCUCCUCUCCUCCAGGCUGCUGAUCUUCAUCUGCAGACGUUGCCAAUGCAAUGACUCUUUUUGGACGUUAUCAUGGUUACCCGUAAUCCUGGUGACCCGUCAGUCUGGUGCCAUCCUUCUCUGCUCCUGUGCAGUCAGUCGAGGCGAUGCAUGUCAUGGGCAGCGUCUCCCCGGCCAACAACGUCGAAGGGUUAUCCUUUAACCAGGACGUAGCUGUUGCUGAAGCAAUGUCGCCACCUUCCUCUUUGACAUUUUCACACAACAGUAAAAAUGGGGCGAGACUACAAGACAGUCCUGCACCUCCUCCUCCUCCGCCUCCUGCUCCCCUUCCUCCUCCACCGCCUCCUCCUCCUCUGCUACCAACAGGAGGAGGACUGAAGAAGAAGAAGAGGGUGAGGAGCUUCUUCUGGAAAACGAUUCCAGCGGAGCAGGUCAAAGGUCACGCCAACCUUUGGACUCAGGGUCAAGUCCAGCAGGAUUUCCAGAUCGACGUAAAGAAAAUCGAGGAGCUUUUCACUCAGAACGACGGCCCGCCGGCCUCCAAGGCCACGCCCACCAGAGGAGGGAAGACCCGGUUGUCGUUCAGGGAGGCUAAAGACGAGGUCUCCAUUCUAGACGCCAAACGAGGGCUGAACAUCUCAAUCUUUCUAAAACAGUUCAAGAGGUCCAAUCAGGCAAUAGUGGAUGACAUUCACCAUGGCAACAGUGAAUCAUUUGGGGCGGAGCCUCUGAGAGAGCUGCUGAAGCUGCUUCCAGAGAAAGAGGAGGUGAAGAAGCUGAAGGCGUACCGAGGCGACGUCUCUAAGCUCUCAUUGGCCGAUUCCUUCAUCUAUCUGCUGACUCAGCUGCCCAGUUACUCUGUCCGCAUUGAGUCCAUGCUGUUAAAGGAAGAGUUCCCUGGUGCCUGUGAGGCCAUGAAACAAGAUUUAAAAACUCUUCGCUCUGCUGCCAAAGAAUUAAUGUGCUGUAAGGAGCUCCACGCUGUUCUGCACUUGGUGCUGCAGGCCGGAAACAUCCUCAACGCUGGAGGUUCUGCAGGAGACGCUGUGGGCUUUAAGCUGUCCUCCCUUCUGUCUCUUGCAGACACCAAGUCCAACAAACCGGGGAUGAACCUGCUGCACUUUGUGGCUCUGGAAGCUCAGAAAAAAGACAAACAUCUGCUGGAGUUUCCCCUGAAACUUCCCAACAUCCAGGCUGCAUCCAGGAUCUCUUUGGAAACGCUGGAAGCUGAACUGCAGCUGCUGACGUCUCGCACGCGCUCAGUAGAGGAGAGCAUCCAGAAGGAAACAGAGCUGCUGCAGCAGCUGGACAGCUUCCUGCAGAGCGCCACGAUGUCCCUGUGUUCGCUGCGCGGCAGCCAGCAGCAGCUGAAGAAGGAAGGCAGAGAGCUGGUGGACUUCUUCUGUGAGGACAGGGACACCUUCAGGCUGGACGACUGUUUCAGCAUCUUCCACACCUUCUGCACCAAAUUCACAAACGCUGUCAAGGAAAACAAAGAGAGGGAGGCAAAAGAAGCAGCUUGUCGUCAGCGAAUGCGCGAGGAGGAGCUGAAGCGACACUCUUGGUCUGGAGGAGAGGAGGUAUCUGGAGCCUUCGGCUCACGCUGCCGCAGUGAGACAGACAUGUCAGCUGCAGCGACCAGGGAUGAGGCUGGACUUCUGCUCGACCUCCUGACAAGGUCCCGCUCCUCUCUGAAUACCAACCACAUCAGUCGGGGACGCUCGGGGAACUUCCAGCGAAGCCGUAGGUCUCCUUCCAGCUCACCGUCUCUGGCUGCAGAGCGAGACCUGAGCGCACUGUUGGAGAAGUCCAACGACCUCAGAGUUCCUCGGCAGAGAGGCAAGGAGGACACGAGGAAAACCUCCCCAUCAGCCUCCUCUAAACACGAGCUUCGGAGUUUAGGACUCUCUCCUUCUAAAGUAUUGACUGUCUCGCCAACGCACUUAGCAAUCCCCUCUAGCAGGAACGAAGAAAACACCAACGAUACGGACAUAAUUUACCUGAGCUUAGAUAGUAAGACAGAAAUGAACAAAGAGGAAAUUCCUAUCAAAUCUACCUCUGAUUCAAAACAGGAAUCUGAGCUCCAUGACAACGGGAGAAGCCAACCUUUUCCUGGUUUUAAGGGUCAGGAGACUGGUUGGAGGAUUAAAAGUGAUGAUCAGAUUUCCAGCGGACAGAGCAGCGGUGCUGCUAAAGGAAACAUGUCUGUGGUUUUGGAGAAAUGUACCCUGGUACCUGAGCUAAAAGUGUUUGACAGUACCACCACCCAGACGGGCCGCGAUGAAGACCACUGUACCGACCAUCGCACCAUGACUACACGCCUGGAAGAAGAGGGGGUAGACAAACUGCAAAAUGACGAGAAGAAAUCUUCAAGAGCACCAAAAGAGAAGACAGAGGAGCAAGAAGCCAAGGUGAUCGUCUGGUGUGUGACUGGUGUGUGUGAAGCAACUGGUGAAAAUGCACAACCGGACACCGAUGGAGAGGGACUGAAUGGUGAAAACCAACAAACGUCCUUGAUAACGGCCAAUCAGGAGUGUUCAGACGCUCAGCUGGACUGUAAAGGCACAGAGUCGGUCCCAAUCAGCAGCCAGCCCGUCUCCCACUUCAACAACCCUGAUUCUUCCCCUGGAUUGCAUCCUGUAAAACCUGCAUCAGCCGAACCAGAACCACAGGCAACAAAGGCUUCCCCAGCCAGUGGGGACCCUGCAUCAACCUUUGAUGGCCUGGUGUCAGCCAGUCCAGGUUCUCCUACUGCAGAGGCACCGGCGAAAGAUCAGAAAACAGACAAUCCAGAGACAGAGGAGGAGAAAUCAACUAAUGUGGUACCUUGCUCAGAGAAAAAAUCUGAUAAUAGAAGCACAAACAGAAGGACCUUGAAGCAAAAGACAGCAGAAGAUUCUUCCACUGGUGGUAAAACAAAAAGAGCAAACUCAGCCAAAGUCUCCACCAAGAAGUUGCCGAAUUCCAACUCUGGAAGCACUGGGAUGAAACCAUCAAACACAACCUCUACAGGUGGGAGAUCUGUCCGUACUCUCACCAGCUCUGAGGACCAGAGCAUGAGACGAGUUGUUCCCAUUACAAGGAUGAACCCCGGUUCUUCAUCCAGAGACAGAAAGGAUGAAAAGCCAGGAGCUUACACGCGGGGGUCCUCCAGAACCGCAGCACACUCUGGUCCAAACAUCUCCACCCUCAACAGCUCAUCCACCCGUCGAGGAGAGAGGCCCAGAACUGCUCCGUCAACCCAGCGUCCGAGCACCACUAAGACACCAGAGUCCAAAGAACUGAGAGAGCAGAACCAGGACUCACAGGGGAGGCCGCCUGUCCGGAAACCCUUAACGAAACCCAAAACUCAAACAGAGGAGAAAAUGUGUCUCUCCAAGCUCCGGGCGCUCAAUCAGGCUGGAAAUAGGGGCAGUGUCAGCGCUCCUGUCACGCCUUUGCACAAAUCAAGAUCCCCUUCAUCGUCAGUGCUUCCUGGUUUUACCCGAAGCACAGCAUCCUCUUCUUUCAGAAGGACAAAACCUCCUCUGGGGGCUUCUCAUUCCUCCAACAGUAGUUCCCCUAAAGCCACCCCCAACACUUCCUCCGCUCCCUCGGCUGCUUCUUCAUCCCCUUUUACCAAAACAGCCUCUUCCAGAUCAAAGGAUCCCAACGUGUCCUCCUCGUCCUCUUUAAGGAGGUCUCACAGCAACAGAUCACCUGCUCCAUCUCCCCGACACGGCUCCCUGGCGCCCUCUAAAGGCCACAGACGAAAAGACAGUGGGAGUCUCUCUGACAAGUCAACCCAGUCCAAAGAGUCGACCAAAGCCAGCAGACCCAGCUGGAGAUAACAGAUGGAAACAUUAAGUCUCUGAUUCUGGAAGCUCAAAGUAAACUACAGAGUCCAGAGGAUUCAUCCUGAAACUAAAACACCUACCUUGUUCUUUCAGGAUGAGGAACUUCUCUAAUGAGCUGUUUAUUAUGGGUGCAAGGAUGUAAACAUUGAAAAACGCUAAAUGUGUUGAUCAUGUGCUUUAAAAGGUCAACAGAGAACACAUUCAGAGAGGGAGACUAAGCUAUUGUCAGAUCUGUGUGAAAUGUUUAUAUAUGCAUAAAAUAUUAUGGGGUUGCACAAUGGAACAGUUAGUAACACUGUUUGCAGUAAGAAGUCCCUGGGUCUAGAUAUGGACCCGGGGUCUUUCUGCUUCUUCUCCUGUACAGGCAUGAGUUCCCUCCGGGUUCUAUGGCUUCUCUCAAC